AUGAUCAUCCCCUGCGAUUGGCAGCCCUCUGACUUGCAUUCGCCCCGCCCCCGACGGGCGGUUCAACACCCGAAGCUUUCCAGCGAGGCAGGCGUCUUCCUGAGUGGCGUCAUCGAGUACCUGGCGAUGGACAUCAUCAAGCUCGCCGGGUAUUACACGCUCAAUGACCGGCGGCGCUCGAUCACCGACUCCGACAUUCAUGAGACUGUGUUCAUUGAUCCCGAUCUUCGUGCGCUGCUCCGCCGGGCCAAUGGAGCCUUCUACUUCCGAAACUGCGUCUCCACUCUGAGUCGCUGUCAUUCGGACCUGGUCCUCCUGCAGAAGUACUUCGGUGAAACGCUGCGUGUGCUGAAAAGUGACAUCGACUCGCUGCCGGCCUUCUUCCGUGGAUCGAUCGAGCCGCUGAUGAUCGCCGUUGAGGAGAUCAUCCGGCAGAUCCGCGACAUGCGCCCGGGCGCCGAUGCCCUGCCCUUCCUUUGCAAGGCCAUUGAUUUGCUGGUGUCCAUCUCUCCACAGAUCUUGGACUACGCCCAGAAGGCCAUGAACCUCUACACGCGCUUGCCCAUCUGGCUCGAGCAGCCCUCGGUCAAGCACCUGUUCAGUGAGCGCAAGAUGCUUUCCUCGGCUUACCACCACCUGGGAUGGCUGCUGCUGAUUCCUCUCCGCUCGACCAUCUACUGCCACUCCAUGCUCGAGCGGCUUUUCUUCAACUUCUUCCGCUCCGAGACCCCCUUCAUCGACCAUUUGGAGAAGGCACGCGAUGCGUCGCAAGCUGUACUGCGCAUGAGUGAUGCAUUUGGCAUCCCGCUGGUGCCCGGGUCCGAUCGUCCGUACGCCGGGUCCUACUCGUCGCUGAUUUCCUCGAACUCGGCAGCGGUGGCCUCCGGCUCGGUCGAGGCCGCCUCCUCGCCGUUCUGGCUGCUGGCCGAAUCGGCCUUCGCGGCCGAUGAUCCGCGCUAUGCUUACUGGCUGAUCACCACUUCUCGGGAUUACAUCCGGCGCGUUGCCGGCUGGCCGAGCACGGGCGCCACCCCGGCCAGUCGGCUCCAUGGGGCCCUGGCAGCUGGCAUCCCGCGCAUCCUCUUCGACUGUGUCCUCUCCACGUAUGAGCUUUAUCCCCUGUCUCCCAGCGGCCCGGCCAGUACCGCGGCCAAUGCCCUGCCGGCCUCCCUGCAGGGCGCACAUUUGGCUUUGGCCGGGGCCGGGGCCGGUCUGGAGGCCGGGAUGGCCGGCGUCGAGACGCCCGUUCGAAGCAGCGAUCCCCUGGUGGAGGGGGUGCUGGCCGGGUUCCAGGCCCUUCGUGGGGGUAGUGGCGGCGGCUUGACCGACCCACUACCGCCAGGGUUCCUGGACUUCCCGGCUCCGGAGGACCCAUCCCAGCAGCCAGCCCUGCAGGCCGAGCUGGUCCAGGCGCAGGGUCCCCCCCAUGAGUACAUGACCGAUGUGCUUUGUCAAAUCCCGGCAUAUGACCCGGCGCAGCUCCCCGGGUACAACGCCGCGCCGGCCCCCUCGACGCGGAGAUCGCGCAAGUGCAAGGACCGUCUUCUUGUGGUGCUGGAUCGUCACAUCAUCAUCUCCAAGCAGUUGCUUGUGCCGCCGUCUGCCGGGGGCACCUGGGCGCCGCUGGCUCUGGGCGGCGGUGGCGGGCCCCACACGGGAACCGUGGCCGCACCGCGCGACAUCGCCGGCGCCCUGUACAUGAUCUUCAAUUUGAUGUCGGUGUCCAUUCGCGAGGGCGGCGCGGUGGACGACCACCGGUCCUAUAUUGAGCUCAUCCACAAUGAGCCACCGUACGGCGGAUUCCUCCUGUGUCUGCGUGAUGCCGAGACCCAUCGGUCGGUGUACGCGGGGCUGCUGCGCGCCCAAACGGCAUACCACCUGGCAGUGGCCCGGUCCCGGCUUCGGGCACACCGCUCCCUGACCACGCAUCUGUUCCUGCUGCCGAGCAUGCGCCUUAGCAUGGACGCCUACAAGUUCGCCAUCCCGGACACCAGCGACAAUAUCAUCUUUGAAGUUCUCCUGCCGAAUGACAAUGCCGCCUUGACGGCUGCCGCGGCCAUGAUCGAUCUCAGUUCCGAGGAGUCGUGGUCCGGCGCAGCGGUCCAAGACUCGCCGCAGAUUCGAGCGGCAUCGGUGGCCAAGUUGGUCGAGCACCUGACCCACGAGCGCUACAACAACCCCCACUUCAUCGGCGAGUUCCUCCUCACAUACCGGUCCUUCACCGAGCCAGGCACCCUGCUUCGCUUGCUCACCGAGCGCUACUACAUGCCCGAGCCCACCUCGCCCGACCUGACUCCGGAGGACCUGGCCUACUUCCGGUCCCGCAUCAAGCAACCGGUCCAGCGCCGCGUGAAGAAUGUCAUCAAGAACUGGGUGGACAAGUACUACUCGUAUGACUUCAUGUUUGCUCCGGAGCUGACCGAGCAACUCCUGCUGUUUGUGGCUGACAUCGCCAAGGCCGAGGGUGCCGAGCGGGAAAUGCGGCACAUGACGGCCGGUGCCAACUCGGCCGUCGACUCCACCGGGGCUUUGCUGUCCCCCUCGCCAACCGGGUCGCUUCCCCUGGCGCAGGUGUCGACGACCAGCUCCGGCGAGGUGCCGCGCACCUUCUUCGAGACCAUCUCGUCCUUGAUCGAGCGCCGGCGCCUGGAAUUCGAAGCCACCUCGCCAGUGGCCGACCCCAGCGAACUGACUGCCCUCAGCCUGCUGGCCGGGAUGUGGCGCUCGCCGGUGGCCGUCACCAAUCUCCUGCUGGCACGCGAUCCCCACGAGGUGGCUCUUGCCCUGACCCUCUACGACUCGCGGCUUUUCUGCCGGAUCCGGUCUCUGGAGUGCCAAAACCAGGGCUGGGUCAAGCGUCGCCCGGCCGAGGGCGGCAGCUUCGCCUCGGCCCCAGCGGAUGAGUGCGCUCCAGAUGCCGCGUCGCCCGCCGCCGCCGCCGCCGCCACCACCACCACCACCACCGCUGCUGCUGCUGCUGCGGCUGCCCCCCCCGCCACUGUCGCUGGUACUUCCACCACCUCGGACACCGCCUUCACGGCCACGGUCGAUGCGCAUCCGGCCUCGCCGCUGGCUCUGCUGCGCGACGCACCAAACAUCCACGCGCUCACGCUGCGCUUCAAUCGCACUGCCGGCUGGGUGAAGACCCUCAUUCUCGGGGUGCCGGAUGCGCAGAAGCGUGCCGAGGUGCUGGAGCGCUUCAUCCUCAUUGCCGAGCGGUGCUUCCGCCUGAACAACUUCCAUGCCACCAUGGCCAUGGUGUCGGCCAUCAAUUCCUCCUCCAUCCGGCGCUUGCGGAAUACCUGGGCCCUGGUCAGCCAGCGCGCCAGGACCAUUCUGUCGGAUCUGCAGAAGAUCGUCCACACGGAGCGCAGCUACGCCACUUACCGGCGUCUGCUGCACACCGCGCACCCUCCGCGGGUCCCCUACUUCGGGGUGUACCAGUCGGAUUUGACCUUCAUCGAGGACGGCAAUCCGGACCUCAUCCCCGGCACGGCACUUGUGAACUUCUCCAAACGCCGGCGUUUGGCCCAGGUCAUCUGGGAGAUCCAAACCUACCAGCAGCAGGUGGGCGGCUACGAGCAGAAGGCCGAAGCGCUGUUCGGGUCGGCCGGGCUGGGUCCCGGCCGGCCCGGGUCCCCCACCACUGGCAUGGUUUUGACCGCUGGUCCUGGGGCUGGGCUCCCCCGGUCUGAGUCGCUCCACGAUUCGGCGUCCCUCGGGGGCGCAGUGGCCACCGUCGGGGGCACCGCGUCGUCGGUGGCAUCGCCGUCCUCCGGCUCCGGGGGAGCUGCCACCGCGUCUGCUGCUGCCGCCACUGCCGCCACUGCUGCUUCCUCGGCGACUGCUGCUACUACGGCCGGUGGUGGUGCCGCUGCCAGCACCACCGCAGCUGCGCCCUCGGUUGUUCAGGCGGAGAUCCAGCUCCUGCUGGUGAUUGCGCAGAAUCUCGAGCCGGCGGAAGACGAUGACUUCUGCUAUGAGCAAUCGCUGCGCCUCGAGCCGCGGGACCCGUCUGCCGGUGCUCCUCCGGCCCCGGCCCCGGCCCCGGCGAUUGACCACCAGCAGCCCGCGUCCGGGCUGCCCGGGGGCCAUGCAGACAGCGCGACCUCCUCCGGCAGCGGAGGCGGCGGUAGUGGCGGCGUUCCGGACGACGUGGCGCCGGGUCGGACGCGCGCAGCCUCCACCGAAACAACCACCGACACGGUGCCGGCCUCCGGCGCCACCGCCGAUCCCGGGGUCGACCUGGAGGGCGACCUUCUGGCCACCUCCGGCUCGACAGACUCGGUUCAGUCUGUUACGUCCCCCUCCACGACCAAGUCCCUGGUGGGGUCGGCCAAGCACCGGCAUGUGGGAUCGGUCUUGUCUUCGGCCCAGCCGACACACUCGCCGGGGGGCACGUCGCCGGUGGUGUCCCGGCCGCCCUCCUCCCUGAGCACACACUCGCGCGUGGUGUCCACAUGGAAGCGGGGCAUCACCAACCUCUAUGAGUCCAUCCGCGACUCGGGGUCGCACGAGCGCCAGCGGGAGUUGUCCAGCACCACCGCCUCGGAGGCCGCCGGACAUCGACUGUAUGGGCUUCGCCGGCCGAGCACCGAGGCUGCCGACACCGUCCGGCCCCGGUCCCAAUCCACGCGGCCCGGGCUGACCGCCAACAACUCCGGGACCCGCAUGUCCUCCUCGCCCGUGGGGGGAAGCUCCCUGGCCGGGUCUGCGGGUGCAUCCAUCUCCGUGGGCGAUCUGUCACAGCACCACUCGACCGCGGCACCAGGCAGCACGGUCAGGCUGGCCAUCACCACCGACACCCCGCCAUCGCGCGUGUCUUCCCGCGAGCAGACCCCCUCGCCGACGUCCUGGUCGCCGCUACACGCGCAGAAUGCCGAGCAGCAGGCUGCCCAGCAACAGCAGCAGGCGGCGGCCGACGAGUACUUCCUCCACCGGGGCUACUCAUCGAAUGAGUCCCUCUCGCCGACGCUGUCAGUGUCUCACAACUCCUCGGUCUCAAGCCUCGGCGGGUCGCAUCAUCGUGCCCGAAGCCAGAGCACGAAUGAGGUCCCCCUCCAGCUGUUGGCGCCAGUGGGCAACAUCGAGCGUGACUUGUCGCCAGACUCGCUGGUCGCCCUGCAAGAUAGCUCGGAUCCGCGUUCGAGCCGGGCCCUUCGUCGGUCCCACACCUUCAACAGCCUCUCGGUGGUCGGUCCCUCCUCCGGCCCAGGAUCUGAGCUGUCCGCCUCGUCGACUGACCACGCCGGAUCCGCGCCGUACACCCCCACUCGGAAGGGGAGUUUGGCGUUGCAUGAUGACGAUCGCCACGCGUCGCCAGUGGUGUCCGGCGGGCUGGACCUCUCCGGGGAUAUGCUGACGCCAGACAUCCUGACCGGGUCUCCGAUGGCUAGCGCGGCCCAGGCAUCUCGGUUGGCCCGUGCAUCUGCCAGUCCCUCCGGGCGCCGGCUUCCUCCUCGAGGGUCGGUCAUGCUGCAUCCGGAGCAGUUUUAGUGCAGACCCGCCAUAUGUCCCCUCGUCCCUUGCCUCAUGGCCAUGCCCGAGCAAAGGCGAGGACAGACAAGGUGUAGCAUCCACCACAAAGGGGACGAGGGUGUGAAGAGCAUGAUGAAGGGGGGGGGGAGCAAACUAGGUCAAGCCGAAGGAGAAAAAAAAACCCGACAAUUAGAAACCCCACGCUCCCCGCCCCUCUUACAGGGGGGAGGGGAAAUACCUCCCCGCAUUCCCUUCACAUCCGAUCCCGCCGCGCGGCGCCAUGCGCCGAUUGUCCUUGAUCCUCCUUCGCUCCUGCCGAACCCCACCCACGCGCCUUUGGCCGCGUCGUGGUCUCUCUCCCGAGCCGGCGUGCGAUGGAAUAUACCCGUACCCUUGAGCUUC